CAACACUGGUCCAUCCGUUGAUCUGUCACUUUCGAUACACGUCGUUUCACAAUGUUAGGUAUUUUCAAGCUCUCAGUAGCCGUUCUUGCAGCCGUUGGAGUCGCUCACCCAGGCGACUCCCACGAUGCACAUCACCUGAAGCGUGAGAUCGUUGCCCGGGACCAUGCUGCGAAGAUGGCCGCCCGCUCCCUCGGCGCCUGCGCCAACAGCGAGACGGCCCGUGCUCUGAAGCAGCGGUCAGUCGUGCGCCGUGCCGAGAAGGUCAAGAGUCUCCGUAAUGAAAGGGGCAUCAAGACCCCUUCGAAAAGAUAUCGACGCGACCUCGCCGACCUCGAGGCGUGGGAAGAGGUCAACCACAACAUGACAGGAGUGGCCAAGUUCGACAUGUUCACCCCGCUCGAGACCGUCUUCGACGCCAACACAUCGUGCAUCCUCUCCCCCGAGGUGACCGACGGGCCUUACUACGUCGUCGGCGAGUUCCUCCGCAGCAACGUGAGGGAGGUCAAGUACAGCGCUGGCGUCGACCUCUUCCUCGAGAUCCAAUACAUCAACGUGGAGAACUGCGAGCCCGUCCCCGCCGUCGCCGUCGACAUCUGGAACGCCAACGCCACAGGCACCUACUCGGGCAUCAGCACGAGUGGCAACUACGCCGCCAACGGCCUCAACUCGACCUACCUCCGCGGCAUCCAGCUGACGGACCAUGACGGCGUCGCCCAGUUCGAGACUAUAUUCCCGGGCCACUACGAGGGGCGCGCGUCGCACACGCACCUGCUCGCCCACACCAACGCGACGGUCCAGCCCAACGGGACCAUCUCGGUCUGGGACGCGCCCGUCGCCCACAUCGGCCAGCUGUUCUGGCCCGAGGCGCUGCGAUCGGCCGUCGAGGCCGUGUACCCAUACACGACCAACACCCAGCCCGUCACCAGCAACGCCAACGACAUGUGGAGCAUUGUGCAGGCCGACGCCAGCUUCGACCCGUUCCCGCACUUUGUAUACCUGGGCGAGGACGUCGCCGAUGGGCUGUUUGCUUGGAUCCAAAUUGGCAUCAAUGCUAGUGCUGACUACUCGGCUGAUAACUACUACUCGGUUGCCGCGUAUCUGGAUGCCGACGGGGGCCACGCUGUUGCGAACGGCACGGGAGGCGGCGGUGGUGGUGCUGUCGGGGGCAACGGUACGCUCGGCACUAUGAAUGGUACCAUGCCGUCGGGCGAGCUGGGACGGCCCGAAGAGGUGGCCAUGAUGGGACAGACUUGUGCUGAGACAAGACAUCACCUUCGGAAUAUGGAUUAA